AAAAAUCAAUCUUUUACGAGGGAAAAAUAUAGGGGGCAAAAUAGUGCGUCGAAAUCAUCAACCAAUCCGAUCGGUGGAAAACCCAUUUGACAAGAAAUCAUCGAAUGAAUUCUUGGACAAGAAAAAGAAGUCAUAACUUUUGUGCAGUCUCUAUGUUAUAAAUUCCUGCUACUUCCAGGCACACACCUUACACCAAUACUACCAUGUCUCUGAUACAAUCUCAAGAUUCUCAACCAUCCAUUAGCUCCAUCAUCAUCAUCAUCAUCAUACUUAUCCUCUUCUUUCUUGGCCCACUUCCACACCAAGCCCAAGCUCGGAAGCCCCAUGUCAUCCAUUUCCGAUCCCAAGAUCUCUACCCGGAGGGCAUCACCUGGGACCCAACGGCCCAACGCUUCAUCGUCGGGUCCUUCCGUGACCGUACUCUUCUCUCCGUCUCCUAUUCCGGAGCCGUCGAAACCCUAAUCUCCGACCAUUCCCUCCCGGAGAACGUCUCCUUCUUGGGCCUCGCCAUCGAUUCCGUCCACAACCGUCUACUCGCCGCCGUCCAGGCCAUGGAACCACUCCCACACUUCCACGCCCUCGCCGCCUAUGACCUCCGUUCCCGCCGCCGCGUCUUCCUAUCUCCCCUCCCUUCCAACACCGACAACAACGACGGCACACGGCAGAUCGCAAACGAUGUCACGGUGGACUCCGAGGGAAACGCUUACGUCACCAAUUCGGCCGGGAACUUCAUUUGGAAAGUGGACGAUCGAGGCUCAGCUUCCAUUUUCUCCAAGUCGGCGAUCUACAAUUCCCAUCCAGUGGACAAAGAUGCACCGGCCAGCUUCUGCGGCCUAAACGGCAUCGUUUACGCAAGCGAAGGUUACUUCUUGGUGGUCCAAACCAACACGGGGAAGAUGUACAAGGUGGACGCCGGCCACGGGACUGCACGGCAGGUGGUGCUGCGGGAGGAUUUGGAACUGGCCGACGGGAUCGCGAUGCGCAAAGACGGCGUCGUUGUGGUGGUUUCGCAGCACAAGGCAUGGCUGUUGAACUUGAAGAGCGAGGAUAAUUGGGGUGAAGCGGUGGUUUAUGACAAAAUUGACCUUGAACAAGAGGGGUUUCCGACUUCGGUUGUUGUGGGAGUUGAGGAGAGGAUAUAUGUGGUAUACAGUUAUUUGUUGGAGGUUAUGAGGGGAAAUGUAGGGAGGGAUGAGUUUAGGAUAGUGGAAGUGAGGUCGGAGAAGGAAAGCAGGGAAGAAGAUCAUGUUUGGAUGUUUGUACUAAUCGGGUUGGGGUUGGCCUGCUUCCUCUUUUGGGGAUUUCAUAUGCGCCGGUUUGCUAACAACUCGGAUAAAAAGGCCACUUAGAUUUAUAUAUAUAUAUAUAUAUAUAUAUAAAUAUAUAUAUAUAUAUAUAUAUAGAAGUUUAUUUUUUGUAACACAUACUAGCUUUAUUAUCUUGAAUAAAAUAACAAAUUACUGUUUACUUAUA